CCAACAAAAAAUUAUUCUCAUAUUUAGGCAAUGGAAGACGGCCAAGGCCGAUAUGGAGCUGAAUGUGAUUGGUGGUCGUUAGGCGUUUGCAUGUACGAAAUGUUAUAUGGAGAAACGCCCUUUUAUGCUGAAUCGCUCGUAGAAACCUAUGGAAAAAUUAUGAACCAUAAGAAUUGUUUCGAAUUUCCUGACGAUUUAUGUUACGAAGUAUCAACUGAAGCCAAAGACCUAAUGCAGAGACUGAUAUGCAGUGCCGAAUGUAGGUUGGGUCAGAACGGAUUGGAAGAUUUCAAAAAUCAUCUUUGGUUUGCUGGUGUCGACUGGGAAAACAUAAGAGAGAGUGAUGCUCCUUACGUACCAGAGGUCGCCAGUGCCACCGAUACUUCUAAUUUUGAUGUUGAUGAAACGGAUUUAAAAGGCUCAGUGAGUAAAGAUUUAAUUUUAGAUGAAAUAAGGAACUUUUCAUACUGUGAAUUUGCAUACUUUAGUAAACACUUGCAUACAAAGCAUGAUUGGUGGCUUUGUGACUUAAUUGUUAUUUUACGAAACACUUUAUCAUCUUUAAUUUAUUACAUUAGUUUCAUUGUUUAGCAGCAGUUUUUGAAC